AUGUCUUCCAACGUCGGCCUUUCCACCCCUCGCGGCAGCGGAACUUCAGGCUACGUGCAACGCAACAGCGCAUUCCUCAAACCUCGCGCCGCAGGCUUCGGCGCCCCGUAUCCACCAGUCACCUCUGCGAAUGCGGACAGGCCGGGUUCUGGGUUCAAGCAGCGGCAGCCGGAUAAGCAGAUUCUCGAGCACGAUCGACGACGCGCUAUCGAAGUCAAGGUGCUCGAGGAGCGGGAGAGACUUGAAGAAGAGAAUGAGGAGCUCGAGGAGAAGAAGCAAACACCCUUGACUGAGGAGGAGAUUGAUGAGAAAUGCGAGGUGUUGCGGCAGAAGCUCGUUAAGGAGAUGGAAGAAGGCGGUGACAAUGGACGCAAAGGAGGAGAUCGACGACGCGCAAAGCCGGAUUCAGGGCCCAGGGAGAGACGGCAGUUUAAAAGCUAUCAGGUGCAUGAGCAGGCCGAGGCAAAAUUGCAGGAAAGUGAGAGACUUCGAAAGGCACUGGGAAUCAAGGAGGAUUGGGAGAGGCCGUCGUCUUCAGAGACAAAAGACAAGGAAGACCGGACAAGAGAUGGUGACAGGGAACGAAGAAACCGGGCGCCUGAUUCUGAUAGAUAUCGCCCCUGA